AGAUGUGUCAGGCCACUUUCGGCGAAUGAGUUACAACUGUUCAUAUGGGUAUAGCAAUGCCAAUAGCGAACGAAUAGGCAACGUUUGUCAGCUGUAUACUCGGAUUGAGAUUGUAUUAAUGGUUCUUUGCUAACUCGAAAGAUGGCUACUCAAUUCUCGGAAAAUCGGCACUCUUAGAGACAUAAGCCUAACCGUUUUACGGAAAAUUCACCACGCUCUGCUAUUUAUAUGGAAGGUGUAUAGGGCAGGGAACACUGAGUGCAAUACUGGUGAUUCCAUCGGAGUGUUUCCGGGAUCAAAACCAAAAUCAUCUGAGAGAGAACGCUCCUUAAAAAUUAGUUUGUAUAUAUACGAACAAACUUUCAAUUGCCAAUUAUAAAGAUUCGUAAAGAUGGUAUUUUGAAUUCUUUUCAUUUAUGGUUUUGUCGAUUAGUUUAUGUAGAUAUCUAAUUAGGGUAACGUUCACUCUCUAGCAGAAUUUAUUAAUAGGUAUCAACUCUGACGAAUGGGUUAUUCCUGGAAAUAUAACCAAACAAGUUUAUUGCACAGAUGAUAACUUAUUAGAAUUGAACUGUAACCUUGUGAUAUACUGGAGAGACUAUAUCUUAUUCAAGACAACUCUUCUUUGUUUACUUACACCGAAUUGUGAAUGUGAACAGUGAAAAGAAAUGUUGGUUCUAUUUCUUUUCGUCGCCUUGCUGGCCUGUGGACAAGCAACUCAUUUCAUCACCAAAGUGAAUGAAACAGUUCAUCACAACGUCAUUCUACAAAACAACGAACCAUGGAACCCUGAAAUGUAUGCGAAAAAAAUCAUUCUCAGGAAUUUGACAGGAGCAAUUACUUCCCAGAGUUUCUCAUUGCUAACAGAAGUGGAGGAGAUAUACUUUGCUUAUAGCAGUAUAGAAGCCGUUCUUGAUGAUGCAUUCAAAUAUAAUACAAAAUUAAAAAUUCUCCAAUUCUCGUACAAUACCCAUCUUCCUGUGAUAACAAACGAAAUGUUGAAAAGCUGCAAACAUCUGAGCAAAUUUAUAAUGGGUCAUAACAAGAAGGUUGAUGGUAUAAGCAAAAAUUUAUUCAGCAAUCUUCUCAAUCUCACACAUAUCGAAGUGACAAAACAAAGAGAGAUUCCAAAUAUAUUAACAGAAAACUUUUUCCGCAAUUCAAGGUCAUUAAAAUCCAUUAAGAUUCAUUUCUCGAAUGUAACAGUGGUUGAUUCAGGAGCUUUCGAAGAUUUGUACCAACUAGAGUUUUUGAGCUUGGUAGAGAAUGAAAUAGUUGAUAUCGGUGUGGGUGCUUUUAAGAGCCCGAAACUAGUUGAUGUCUACCUUGGAUGGAACAAACUCACUUCCUUCUCUGGAGAGGAGCUAUCCCAUUUGAGAAGACUAAGAAAUUUGGACAUUUCUUUCAACCCGUUGAAGGUGAUAGACUUGAUAGGAAUCAGAAGAAGUGCUCCAAACUUGUCGGUUCUGUCCCUCGUGAAAACUUCUCUAAGUUGCGAUGAGAAAAAGAGUAUCAAAAUGCAGGAGAGCUCCGAUUUUCAGAUACGAAUGGAUUUGAUGGAAAUUGAAAAAUGUGAAGCAUGAAGAUGGAAAUAUUUUCUUUACUGAUGAUAUUAUUAAUAUGUGAUAUUUACGGAUAACGAAGAAAUAUAAAUAACGUAUAAGACAAAAAUGAAUAAAGGAUUGCAAA